UCGACAUUCGCGGUCGGCAGUGGUCGCGGCACGUUGUUAUUUAACGUGUAGUGGCCUCUCAAGCAGUGGACGGAAAUGGUUGCGCUUACAUUUUCUACUAAAAAUCCUCCAAUCGGAGGAUUCAUAUGCUGCUCUCUGACUGGGGUCAACUUUCACUGGGGAGUUGAAACUCAACUCGUUCUCGAUGAUAACGUGUGUCUCAUCACGUCUCAGUCAAUUUCUCGACAUGUUGCCAGACUACAUCCUGCGCUCAAUCUCUAUCCUCUACAUAUCCUGGAACGUACUCAGGUUGACCACUGGCUGAGUCUGGUAAGCACAGUGAGCUAUGGAGGCAGCGUCAAGCCUGUCCUGCAGCAGCUCAAUUCUGCGUUGGCUCCUGCCCAUUGCCUUGUACCUCCUCACCAGACCAUUGCAGAUUACGAGAUGUUUGCUGCUCUUUACUGCAGCAACGACUGGCAGAAGAUAUCAGAAUCAGACGACGCUCCAGUACACGUGCUACGGUGGUACAAUUCCAUCUUAGCAAAGGUCUCAAACUUGCUGGAAAAAUUACCGAAAGACCUGCGCACAAACUUGCAAGCAUAUGCAGCGUCUGCUUCAUCUGAGGAAGAAGAAGAGAAAACCGCAGCGGAUGCUGCAGGCCCAAGUGGAGCCAAGAGAGGAAGUGCUGCAGGUGGUAGUCGUGGGGGCAAGCGUGAGGAAGGUGGCAAGUUUGUUGAGUUGCCAGACGCCAAGAUGGGUGAGGUGGUGGUGCGCUUCCCCCCUGAAGCCAGUGGGUAUCUCCACAUUGGCCAUGCCAAAGCUGCCCUGCUAAACCAGCACUACCAGCUCGCCUUCAAGGGUAAGUUGAUUAUGAGAUUUGAUGACACCAAUCCGGCCAAAGAAGAUGCUCACUUUGAAGAAGUCAUCUUGGGUGAUUUGAAACUGCUGCAAAUAAAGCCUGAUCGCUUCACUCACACUUCAGACUACUUCGACCUCAUGCUGGAGAUGUGCGAGAAACUCAUCAGAAGUGGAGACGCGUUUGUGGACGAUACAGAUGCGGAGACAAUGAAGGCUGAGCGAGAUGAAAGAAAAGAUAGUCGCAACCGUAAUAACUCUGUUGAAAAGAACCUUUCCAUGUGGGAAGAAAUGAAGAAAGGAAGUAUUGUGGGCCAACAGUGUGCGGUGAGAGCUAAAAUUGACAUGAAGUCCAACAAUGGCUGCAUGAGAGAUCCAACCAUAUAUCGCUGCAAGCCAGAGACUCACGUGCGUACGGGCAACAAGUAUAAAGUUUAUCCAACUUAUGACUUUGCUUGCCCCAUCGUCGACAGCAUCGAGGGUGUUACUCAUGCUCUUAGAACUACUGAAUACCAUGACAGAGAUGAACAGUUCUUCUGGUUCAUCGAGAAGCUGUCAUUGCGUAAGGUUCAUAUCUAUGAGUAUGCAAGACUGAACAUGAACAACACUGUGCUAUCCAAGCGUAAGCUUACGUGGUUUGUAGAGCAAGGGCUCGUUGACGGUUGGGACGACCCAAGAUUCCCUACAGUGCGAGGCAUCAUUCGCAGAGGCAUGACUGUGGAAGGUCUCAAGGAAUUUAUCAUCGCCCAAGGCUCGUCACGGUCCGUGGUCAACAUGGAGUGGGACAAAAUUUGGUCUUUCAACAAGAAAGUAAUUGAUGCGUCUGCGCCACGCUACGUUGCUUUGGAAAAGGAGACGUUAGUGCCUGUUAAAGUGUCUGGCGCCAAGCUGGAAGCAAUGUCUGUCCAAAAGCAUCCCAAAGAUCCAACUAUCGGUAACAAGACUGUGUGGGUUGGCCCCAAUAUACUCAUUGAACAAGUGGAUGCUGAAGAACUCAAAGAAGGUGAGAACGCUACUUUCAUCAACUGGGGAAACUUGAAGAUCGUUAAAGUUAACCGCGUUAACGGUAAAGUUGUAUCCGUGGAUGCCGAGACCAACCUCUCUAAUACCGACUACAAGAAAACGUUGAAGAUUACCUGGCUUGUUGACUCGCCAAGUGCUCCGCUUACACCUGUAGUUGCUGUGUACUUUGAUCACCUGAUCAGCAAGAGCGUGCUGGGCAAGGAUGAGGACUUCAAAAACUUCAUUUGUCAGGACACGAGACGAGAACUUUGCAUGCUUGGAGAUGACGAGUUGAAAACUUUGAAGACUGGCGACAUUAUCCAAGUACAAAGAAAAGGGUUCUUCAGAGUUGAUGAGCAGUACGUUGAACCAGAUGUCAGUAGCUGUAAAUCCUCACCCGUUGUGCUCUUUUAUGUGCCAGAUGGCCACAGUAAAGACGCGAGUGCAGCUGCCACAGCGUCUGCUAUCAAAAAAGUGCCUGCUGUUUCAGCCAAAGAAGUUGCCCAGAGCGCAAAAGGAAAGAAAGCAGAGAAAAGUCCUCAGGAUGAAGCUAAGCCUAUCGUGUCAUCUGGUGGCCAUGAAAUACAAGAGAUACAUUUGAAGAUAAAAGAACAAGGGGACAAGAUUCGUCAGUUAAAAGCUGACAAGGCUGACAAAAACGUGGUAAUGUCCGAAGUUGCUGUUCUCAAAGAACUCAAGUCUAGCUUUAGUGCAAAAUCUGGAGUGGAGUGGACUCCUGACAUCGACAUCAGUAAGUUUGAAGUUUCAGCUCCUGGUGGUGGCAAGAAUGAUGCAUUAGAGCUCUACCAAAAGAUUGUUGACCAAGGGAAUGCCGUUCGAAAUCUCAAGGCAAGCAAGGCCGACAAAACGGAAGUAACAACUGCGGUCAAUGUUCUUCUUGCUCUCAAGAAAGAUUUUAAAGAAGCGACUGGGCUUGACUGGAAACCUGAUAUCGAUGUAAGCCAGUUUGGUAAAAAUGCUGCUGCUUUGGCUCCUUCAACUCCCACCUCUGCUUCAAUUGCUUCAUCUACCCCAAUUGCUGCUUGCAUUGGCGCUCAUGAACUCCACAAUAAAAUCGUGGAUCAAGGAAACGUUGUGAGGAAUCUCAAGUCGAACAAAGCUCCCAAAAAUGACGUCACAGCUGCCGUUGAUGUUCUUCUUGACCUCAAGAAACAGUUCAAGGAAGCAUCUGGACUCGACUGGACACCAGGUAUUGACGUGAGUAAAUUCAGUGCUGCUCCUGCAGCUCCUCCUACUCCUGCAUUUGUUGCCAAAGUUGCAGCAACUGUGGCUGCUGGCGACAGCAAAGCCCUCUCAAUACACCAACAAAUCGUCGAUCAAGGUAACACCGUAAGAGAUUUGAAAUCAAAUAAGGCCGAAAAAACUGUUGUUAAGGAUGCAGUUGAUAUUCUUUUGAAGCUUAAACAGGAAUUCAAAGCUGCUACUAAUAUCGAUUGGAAACCAGACAUUGACCUGAGUCAGUUCACCGCACCAUCUGUUGCAGAUGGCGACACUAAAAAUCAGUUUGAUGAAUUUAAUGAGAAAGUCAAAACACAAGGCGACAUAGUUCGUCAACUGAAAUCAAAUGGAGCUGACAAGAAUACAGUGAAAAGUGCAGUAGAUAUCCUGCUGCAGUAUAAGAAAGAUUUCAAGGAAGCUUUAGGUGUGGACUGGAAGCCUGAUAUGAGUAGCCCGCUUUCAAGUGGCGGCUCCGCUGAUGCUGCCGCUGCUCCUCCUGCUUCUGUUGCACAGACCAAACCGAGUAAGUCAAAUGAGGGAAAGAAACCCGCAAAGAAAGAAGAAAAUCCUGCCACCGAUGGCAAAAAGCAAACAAGGCUCGGUCUUGAGAUAGCAAAAGAAGAAAAUUUAUCCGAGUGGUAUUCUCAAGUGAUCACUAAGUCAGAAAUGAUCGAGUACUACAAUGUGUCAGGAUGUUACAUCUUAAGACCAUGGUCUUAUGCUAUCUGGGACUUUAUCAAAGAAUUUUUUGACCGUGAGAUCAAGAAACUCGGCGUAGAAAAUUCAUAUUUUCCUAUGUUCGUGUCUCGAGAUGCCCUGGAGAAAGAGAAAACUCACAUCGCGGAUUUCUCACCCGAAGUAGCGUGGGUCACAAGAUCGGGAUCAAGUGAAAUGGCUGAACCUAUAGCCAUCCGCCCCACUUCGGAGACCGUCAUGUAUCCCUCAUUUGCUAAAUGGAUCCAGUCUCACCGCGACCUGCCGCUGCGUCUCAACCAGUGGAACAACGUCGUACGUUGGGAGUUCAAACAACCAACACCUUUCCUGCGCACCCGCGAGUUUCUGUGGCAAGAAGGCCACACCGCCUUCGCUACAAAGCCCGAAGCUACUGAAGAAGUCUACCAGAUUCUGGACUUAUAUGCACGAGUCUAUGAAGAGCUGUUAGCUAUUCCUGUUGUUAAAGGAAAGAAGACUGAAAAGGAAAAGUUCGCCGGUGGAGACUUCACCACUACAACCGAAGCGUAUAUCGCUGGCAGCGGACGAGGCAUCCAGGGAGCGACAUCUCAUCAUCUUGGGCAGAACUUCUCCAAGAUGUUCGAUAUAGUUUUCGAAGACCCAGCAACCCAAGAGAAACAGUUCGUGUACCAAAACAGCUGGGGUCUCACCACCCGGACCAUCGGCGUCAUGGUUAUGGUGCAUGGAGACAACAAGGGUUUGGUCCUGCCUCCGAAAGUAGCGUCACUGCAGUGCGUCAUUAUGCCUGUUGGCAUAACCGUGAAGGUCACUGAGGAAGAGAAGAAAAACCUGCAAACUGCCUGCCAAACUCUCGCUGAUGAACUUAAUGACGCUGGUAUUCGAACACGCGCAGAUUUUCGAGACAACGUCACGCCUGCGUGGAAGUUCAACCAUUGGGAGUUGAAGGGCGUUCCACUCCGUCUCGAGGUGGGGCCCCGGGAAGUUGCUGGCGGUCAAGUGUUCGUCGUGAGGCGAGACACUGGCGAGAAGCAAGCCUUGGAUCGCAUGUCGAUAGUGUCGGCUAUUUCCCAUUUACUCGCUACCAUUCAACAAGACAUGUUAGCUCGAGCUCGCGGACUGCUUGACACGCACACGACUCUUAUCUCGCAAUGGUCUGAGUUCUGUCCUACUCUGGAUCGCGGUCAUCUUCUCUUGUCACCGUUCUGCGGUCGCGAGGAUUGCGAAGACUCGAUCAAGAAAGACUCUGCCAGAGACCAGGAUUCGGAGCCUGGAGCUCCCUCGAUGGGUGCCAAGUCGCUGUGCAUCCCGUUCCAGCAGCCCCAACCUCUGCCUGCUGGGUCCCUGUGUGUCCAUCCUCGGUGUGGCCAGCCGGCGCAGUACUACUGCCUCUUUGGACGCAGCUACUGAGUCUGGAUGAUUCGAAUUAGAGCCCCAACGUGUAGGGGUUUGUUACAGUUCCUUUAUUAAGCUAGUUUGCGAUGCGAACGACGUCAAAAAAUCGCAUUCAAAAUUCAAUCAUUUUACGGUUUUGUUACAGUUUCUUUAUUAAGCUAGUUUGCGAUGCGAAGGACUUCAAGAAACCGCAUUCAAAAUUCAAUCAUUUUUCUGUGGGAGUUGUUUAUUCAAGUGCUAACCCUGUGUCCAAUAUUAUUUUAAACAAGCACAGUUUUAGUGUCUUUGAUGCCUUAACUACUAUUAUUGAUGCUCUCUGUUUUUUCCGUAAUCAAUUCCUAGUACUUGGUACCUUUAAUUUAUUUGGUGUCGAGGUUUUUGGACUUUUUGCCAUUGGUUUUUUCUAGUUCAUGGCAGUUUUUCAUCCUAGACUCAAAUCUUUUAAUAAAUAGAGGGAACGCGUGA